AUGCCUUUCCUACAACGAUCUUUGGGCGAGGACUCAACUGACCGUUACGUCCACACAUGGACCGUGAGCCUCCUCUUCUUCCUGUCUCUUGUCACGUGGUUACUAGCUGCCAGCCCAUUGGUCAUAAGCUCUGGAGAAGGAACGCCGACUUUCCAAGCAAAGUGCUGGUGCCCCGCCCAGUUUGAGUCCAGCCAAGUGGAGUAUGCCAACAGCGUCUGCUCUAAGUGGUACACUGAGGCCUUCCAAAGAGGGACGUUGGAAGAGAACCUUUGGAACCCGUACGGCCGUGGGCUGGUGACAAUGCCUGAAGUGGACGAGGACGUAGCCAAUGUGUCCUCCACGCCCGCCCCCAACACCAACCACCGACAUUUCGCCUCCGUCACCGCCCCACUUCUUCUGUUUGUCUUUGCUCUACUCAUCAAGUUACCCCACUUGGUCUGGUACCUCAUGUCUACUUUCUGUCCGGUCAACAUAGAGAAAACUCUGCACACAGCUGACCACGCCCAGAACCUUCAGACGGACACAAAACGUCAUCUAACCACUGAUCUGGUCCAGUCUGUUGACAAAGCUCUCAAAGACUGCCCACAUCGAGCCACAGUGUCGUAUCUGUUCUACAAGUUCUUCAGCUCCCUUGUCCUAGUUCUGGAGUCCAUCGUUCUGAGUACAAGGAUACUGCCCCAGGUCUUCGCUGAGACUGGCUCAGGACAACCCAUACAGCAACAGUCGGAAAUUUUACCCUGUUUUUUCCCGAUUCGAGCACUUACAAAUGUCCACCAGUACACCUUGCCAUGUCUGUUCUCCCCAACAUACACCAGUCAUCGCUCACAGUUUGGCCAUCACGCGUUGUUCACUGGCCUCCUCGUCUAUCUCUUGAUUCUCACCGUGGUCUCAGUGGUCAGUUUUCUCACCUGGCUGUCCAGACUGACCAUGGGGACAUGCCGUAGUCAGGUAGCGGCGAGACCAUCCCUACCCACCGACGCCUACCUUCUUCUCUACCUCAGCCAAGACAACCUGGGUCCCAUGGUGACACGUGACCUGGCUGAGAACGAGGCUUGGACACAGGACUCCGGGCUGGCUGGACCAAUAGUGGCCUGUGGUAAGUUUGAGCUGGAUGGACAGUAG